AUGGGCGACCUCCGCUACCGUCUCAGCCUCACCAUCCUCAACAUCUUCUUCCCGCCUCUCGCCCUCCUCAUCGUCUGCGGGCCGGACAUGACCUUUGCCGUCAACUGUCUCCUCUACAUUUUCGCCAUCAUCCCCAGCCACAUCCACGGGUUAUACGUGAGCUGUGUGUAUUUCCAUCGCAGACGCAAAGUCCGAAAAGGUCGAUAUCCCGGAAGUCAGACCAAAGCCCUGAUUUACUCGCCUCACGUGCUAAAUGGAGGUGCGAAGCAAAGUCUGGUGGAUUCACUGUAUUGGGCGGAAAAGGAGAAGUCUCCAAGAAGCUAG